ACGCCAAAGGAAGAGGGGCCUCGCCAAAGUCCCUUUAAAGGCCACGUGCAUGAUGGAGCUUGAGCGAUUCAGCUUGGAAGAUGCUGCAGAGGCUGAGCGGGAAGAGGAGCAAAGUGAGGGCAAGAACAGGUGCCCAUGGAUCGAAUGCAGUAUCCAUGACACUGUUUCUAAAUGGAUGCUUCCUGAAGAGGCCAGAACAACCUACCUCGAAAGAGCCAGCUGCAUCCCGCCACCUGUUUUCAUCCUGGCUGUCAGCUUAGCUGAGCUGGCAACGUUCAUUUAUUAUGCUGUUUGGAAGCCGCAGACACAAUGGAUCACUCUAGAUAUGGGUAUCUGGGAAAGUCCAUUUAUAUACAGACCUGACAAGCGGAAGGAAGCCUGGAGAUUUUUGUCUUACAUGUUUUUGCAUGCUGGCCUUGAACAUAUCAUAGGGAACCUUCUUCUGCAGCUCUGCUUGGGGAUUCCCCUGGAAUUGGUUCAUAAAGGACACAGAGUUGGAGUUGUGUAUCUUGCAGGAGUGAUUGGAGGUUCUUUGGCAAGCUCCAUCUGUGAUCCGCUGCAGGGUCUAGUGGGAGCAUCAGGAGGUGUCUAUGCUCUGAUUGGAGGAUACUUCAUGAAUAUUCUAGUGAACUUCCGAGAAAUGAUUCCUCUGUUUGGAGUUGCAAGACUGCUGUUCAUCAGCCUAAUAGUUGGAACAGAUGUAGGAUUUGCUUUGUACAGAAGAUUUCUCUCUCCUUUAAGUGGGCUUCAGGUUUCCUUCGUGGCCCACAUUGCAGGCGGUCUUGCUGGAAUGUCAGUAGGUUAUGUCAUAUUCAGCAAUUUUGAUAAAAAAUUCAUUAAAGAUCCUAGAUUCUGGAUUUGUAUAACUGCAUAUUUAAUCUUUGUGGGACUUGCUAUAUUAUUCAAUAUGUUUUUCUCACCAGCAAACCAGUAGAACACAGCAUCUGAGAAUAGUGUAUAAUUCUGAAGGAUAAUUUUAAAAACCUUUGAAAAAACUGGUUUAUGUGAUGUUUUUAGUAUUUUUAUUAGUCCAUCUUAUUCCUUGCAUUGCAGUACUAUGACAACAUGACUUUCUUUUAAUACGAAGCAGCAGUGCUUUUUAAUUGCUAAAUUGUUCAGACUUUCAGUUGCUUCUGACUCUUUGUGAUUUGAUGGAAAUCCUUUUGCUAGAAUUGUCUGUCAGUUACUGAUUGAGUUUUUGGAACCUCCUGCUUGUAUCAUUAGCGUAUCUAGCUACCAUGCCUUCUGUCAGCUUCUUUUUUGACUGCCUUUGAUUUUUCCAAGGGGGUCUUCUUCAGUGACUCUUGACUCUGAAUUAUAUAUUGCAAAUUAUUUGCAGUGCUG